GAAGAUGAAGUGCUGACGCAACUUCUCUCCCGUCACUACGGUAAUCAGACGCUCCGUGGGUACAACUUCUCCCCCUCGCAAGCCGAUGCAUGCGUUUGCUCACAAACCGCUGUUCCUGUACACCUUGCUUUCCGUUUUCUCUUCAGGAAGCUCUCGCUUUGUUCAACAACCCUCAGCUCUCUUUGUUAUGCAAAUGACCGCAGCGCCGUUGCCGAGUAUACCUCUGCUUUCCAGACCGGUGGAAAAAUGUGUGUAAUUGUAAAUGUCAUCUGUCUAUAUCUCUCUGUGGGGGGUCACAAUCAAACCAUUUUCAGUUGGAGAUUACAGAGGUUCAGAAGCCUAGAGGAGAAUUUUAAUGUUUGCUGCAAUGACACCGGGCUCAAAUCACACUCUGCUAAUCACAAGGAGAGGGAUCGAAAGGCGCUGCUGCCCGUUGUGCCGACAACAACCAAAAGCCAGAUUGGAUAAUAUCGACUACUUUUCACAUUCAAGACCAAGGGAGGAGAAUCACACCAAGUCCCCCUGCUUUAGGACACGAGUGAAGUUUUGCUUCAAGGACAGGGUGAGGAUGGAGCAAAGGGAGCCGGCCGUGGAUCCCACUGCUGAAGCCGGGGAGGGGAGGCUCAGGGACUUGGCCUCCAAGUGGUUCAUAGACACUCAGCUGCCUCUUAUUGUCAACAACGGCCUCUUCCCCAGCUGGUUCCUGGGCUUCAUCAGCAGAAAGGAUGCUGAGGACAUACUCAGAGAAAAGGACCUUGGCUGUUUCCUGAUCCGGCUCAGUGAUAAAGCUAUUGGAUAUAUUCUGUCCUACAAAGGCAGAGAUCGGUGUCGGCACUUUGUGAUAAGCCAAAGCGAGACGGGAAAGUUUAUAGUCUGCGGAGACACAGAGGGACACAACACUAUGCUGGAUCUAAUAGAGCACUAUAAAACAAAACCCGUCGAGCCCUUUGGAGAGUAUCUGACUUCUCCAUGCUUUGGGGAUGUCAAUGAGGACCUCUAUGAUACCAUCCAUGUCAGCCCCAAACCCGAAGCUCCUCUCAGAGCAGCGAAGAAAGCAAAUAGACACCAGAUUAACUCAGUCACAGAGCCACAUCCAGUGCGGGCCCCAAGGAGCAUCCGACCUCAAGAGGAAGUGCCACCUUUGCCACGGAGGACCAGGCAUGUGGAGAGCACCCCAGUCGUUGACAGCGAUAGCGUUCUGUACGCUCAGCUUAGGAAGCAAACACCCAGGGAUGCAUCUAGAACCCACCACACCUCCAAAGACAAGUCCCCAGGCGCUAAUCACGGCAAAGCAGAGAGGCCGAAUAUCAAGGAGCAGAACAAUGGCAGGAGCAGUCCUCCAUCAGACCCUGAAUCUGUCUACUCUGAGCUCGGCGUGCUUGACGGCAAGAGCAUGUCCCUGCCUCUGCUGGACAGCAGCACGGACGGCGAGCAGAGUUACAGACUGAGCGUGCCUCCCGACACGCCGCCGAGGCUUUCCCCGAGGCCGGUCAGGCAGGCCUCCGGCGGCAUCUCGCAGUCGAACAGCAGCCACAGCCUGGACGGCCUGAGCGACCACUCGGUGUAUCACCUGGCCGGCGGAUAUAGCCCAACGCCCUCUGAACACGCGUCAUCCACAGAGCAGCUCAGUGACUCCCUGUACGCCGAGGUCUCCAUCGAGACGCCUGACAUCGAUAACGACGGCACAUACGAGAUCCUCCCCAACCACAAGGAGCCUGCCAAGCCCAAAGCCAGCAGCAACACGUACGAGAUCGUGGAGGAGACCAAACGCAAAUGCAACAACGGAUCCUGGGGGAUAAAGAAUGACAAAUGGAAAUGGCUCUUCCCCGAGAACAAGAGGAAAUGAUAAACCAACUAAUGAAGAUGUUUACCCAAUUUCACCUAUGUAACACUACUUUGCUACUUAUGCUGUACAUUUGCUCUCGUUGUAUAUAUUUAUUUAAAAUGGAUCAACCCUUGUCCAGUUAAUUGAAUUUAUUAAAGCUAUUGAACAUUUAAAAAAA